AUGAAAUGGAGAUGCGCUUAUGCUCAUACACUCUUGAACAGGGUUUCGUUGAUCCCCAGAACUAGUACCAUUUUGGAUAUGACGACCUACCAACCUCUACCAGCUCCAGCGAAGUUGAAUGGUGGGUUCUGGAAGAGUGCAAUUGAGUUUUUGAAUCAGAAUGAUCUUCUAUCGUUGGCCCGCACAAAUUCACAAUUUCACCAGUUAUGCGUGGAGGAAAUAUAUCAUACGAUUGUUAUAUCAAGAGACUCGGUUCUACGUUCUGGGGAAUGGUUUUUGGACUGUGGAAAAACAUAUCUUGCCGGGUACAGAUCAGUGAAGAAAAGCCCCGAUCAAGUCGAUCUUUUCCUCUAUGAUCGAAUUAACAGGCUGAACGAGUCCUCACAUCUUCACCUGGUAAAGGAAGUAAUCAUCCAAGAAGACGUGUUCCACGACCGACAAGCCGGGCUUGUCGUGCUGGAAGAGCUGGUACAAAAGUUGCUGGAUUUAGGUUUGUUGGAAGUUCUAGAUAUUAGAGAUAACGAAUUGUUCGCGAGGUUCUAUCCUCACUAUUUGAAUCUGCAGCAUUUACGAAAGUGCCGCAUUCUUGAUCUUGCAGAUUUGAACCAGCUGCGAUCAAUUGCACAAGUGAAGUCCUUACAACUCAUGCUCUCGCAUGUUUCCUUUGAAGCUGGAUGCCUGAAUGAGAAUGCCAAGAGCGCACUUUCCCUCAACAUUGAGGAAGUAGCCAUAGAAGACUUAGAGCACUCAAGUCUGCGGCUGUUUGAAUACCUACAUGACGAAAAAAUGGCCAUGAGUGCUCUGAAGUCGCUUAAAUUUAAUCACGUCCACGGGAUGCAGAACUACAACAAGACGAUGAGGGAAUUCACCACGCUAUUCCUUGAUAGCGUACUGGAAAUCGAUCGAAUAAAACGGUUAGAGCUAGAAGGGUCAUGCGAGGUUCCAGGCUGUUCUUGCUUCCACGACUUUUUAAUGGCUCUCGCUCCCCACGUACACAAUCUCAAAGAGCUAAGUCUUAUAGAGAAAACCUUUGUCACCCAAGGGGAUCACUAUACCGAGGAAAACUGGGAUUUGACAAUAAACAAAUUUCUUAUCAACCUCCCCAACGUCUCGGAUAGGCUGGAAAAACUGGCUAUUCGUCACAACCCGCCAUUGAAUGGAAUUCAAAAAGACUCAGUAGAAGGUAAUUACAUUCGCCGUCGUACGCUUUAUGAAAGCGUCCUUCCCAGAUUAACGAGCCUCAAGACACUCAUUGCCCCAACAUUUCUGAGGUCUAUUGCUCCUUACGAGGUGCUUGUAUGCGAUUUACUUUGGAAUGGAUGCGAGUGUGAUUAUUGCACUAAAGUUUUAGCUGUCAUCGACAAGUUCAUCAUGAACCAUCAAUUCUAUUCAUUUUCUGAGGGCCGUUUCAAAGACAUUAUUCCAACAGUUUUCUUUGGUUUUACUGGCGACGCUCUCUCCCGGCGCUUCGUUACUACCACAGAUUGGGAUUUGAACACCUGGUCUAUCUGUCCCGUUGCUCACUAUUGGGAUUUACACGGCUAUGAAAACAUCCAGCACUUCCACGAUUUUGAUUGUCACUAUGAUGAGUCCGUAUACAUAGCGUUGGCUGGAUGUAUUGCACACUUUUUCAAUUCAUACAUGGAUCAUUUAGUUCAGCUUCUUCCAAGCUUACGUUCCUGCGUUUUAUCCGGAGUUUACUAUGCCGUGGACGGCGAACAAGAAUAUAGGUCGAUCUACGAUUGA